GAUGGCGACGGCGGCCGCAACAUCGACUUCAGAAGCGGAGGCUGAGCCCAAGGCCGGGCCCACCGCAGAGGGCGAGGAGGAUGACGUUAAGACGGCUAGGACGAGGAGGAAGGUGUUAUCGCGGGCCGUGGCCGCUGCGACAUACAAGGCGGUGGAGCCGGGGUGGGACCAGCCGGAGGAAGGUGCGAGUGAGAGCGAUGGGGACGAGGAGUACGCCAUGGCUUCCUCCGCGGAGAGCUCCCCCGGGGAGUACGAAUGGGAGUAUGACGAAGAGGAGGAGAAGAACCAGCUGGAAAUCGAGCGGCUGGAGGAGCAGCUAUCUAUCAACGUCUAUGACUACAACUGCCAUGUGGACCUGAUCCGGCUGCUCCGGUUGGAGGGGGAGCUUACCAAAGUGAGGAUGGCUCGCCAGAAGAUGAGUGAGAUCUUUCCUUUGACUGAAGAGCUCUGGCUGGAGUGGCUGCAUGACGAGGUCAGCAUGGCUCUGGACGGCCUGGACAGAGAGCACGUGUACGACCUCUUUGAGAAAGCUGUGAAGGACUAUAUUUGUCCUAACAUUUGGCUAGAGUAUGGCCAGUACUCAGUCGGCGGAAUUGGUCAGAAAGGUGGCCUUGAGAAAGUCCGCUCUGUGUUUGAAAGGGCGCUCUCGUCAGUUGGCUUACAUAUGACCAAAGGACUCGCCAUCUGGGAGGCUUACCGGGAGUUUGAAAGUGCCAUUGUGGAAGCUGCCCGGCUGGAGAAAGUCCACAGUCUCUUCCGGCGACAGCUGGCGAUCCCACUCUAUGAUAUGGAGGCCACAUUUGCAGAGUAUGAAGAGUGGUCAGAAGACCCAAUACCAGAGUCGGUGAUUCAGAACUAUAACAAAGCACUACAGCAGUUGGAGAGAUACAAACCCUAUGAAGAAGCACUGUUGCAAGCAGAGGCACCCAGGCUGGCUGAAUAUCAAGCGUACAUCGAUUUUGAGAUGAAAAUUGGUGACCCUGCUCGCGUGCAGUUGAUCUUCGAGCGUGCCCUGGUCGAGAACUGCCUUGUCCCAGACCUGUGGAUCCGCUACAGUCAGUACCUAGAUCGGCAGCUGAAAGUAAAGGAUUUGGUUUUAUCUGUACAUAAUCGUGCUGUUAGAAACUGCCCGUGGACAGUUGCCCUAUGGAGUCGUUACCUCUUGGCCAUGGAAAGACAUGGAGUUGACCAUCGCGUGAUUUCUGUGACCUUUGAGAAAGCUUUGAGUGCUGGCUUCAUUCAGGCCACUGAUUAUGUGGAGAUUUGGCAGGCGUACCUUGAUUACCUGAGGAGAAGGGUUGAUUUCAAACAAGACUCCAGUAAAGAGCUGGAAGAGCUGAGGUCUGCAUUCAGUCGCGCCUUGGAGUAUCUGAAACAGGAGGUCGAGGAGCGUUUCAAUGAGAGCGGAGAUCCAAGCUGUAUGAUCAUGCAGAACUGGGCUAGGAUCGAGGCUCGACUGUGCAAUAAUAUGCAGAAAGCUCGGGAACUCUGGGACAGCAUCAUGACCAAAGGGAAUGCCAAGUAUGCCAACAUGUGGCUCGAGUAUUACAACCUGGAAAGGGCACACGGUGACACCCAGCACUGUAGAAAGGCCCUGCACCGGGCUGUCCAGUGCACCAGCGACUACCCGGAGCACGUCUGUGAAGUGUUGCUCACCAUGGAGAGGACAGAAGGUACCCUAGAAGAUUGGGAUAUAGCUGUUCAGAAAACCGAAACUCGAUUAGCUCGUGUUAAUGAGCAGAGAAUUAAGGCUGCGGAGAAGGAAGCAGCCCUCGCUCAGCAAGAAGAAGAAAAGGCCGAACAGCGGAAGAGAGCGCGGGCCGAGAAGAAAGCAUUGAAAAAGAAGAAAAAGACCCGAGGCGCAGACAAGCGCAAAGCAGAAGAGGACGAUGAGAAGGAGUGGGGCGAUGAUGAAGAAGAGCAGCCUUCCAAACGUAGAAAGGUGGAGAACAGCACUCCUCCAGCCGGGGAAGCACAGGACCUAGAGGCAGAAACAGGACUCUUUGGGAAGAGUGCGCCUGUAGACGUUGAUGCCCCCUCCAAGCAGAAGGAGAGGGCGGCCGCCCUCAAGAGGGAUGUGCCCAAGGUGCCCCACGACAGCAGCAAGGACAGCAUCACAGUCUUCGUCAGCAACCUGCCUUACAGCAUGGGCGAGCCAGAUGUGAAGCUCCGGCCGCUCUUUGAGGCCUGUGGGGAGGUGGCAGAUAUCCGCCCCAUCUUCAGCAACCGGGGCGAUUUCCGAGGCUACUGCUAUGUGGAGUUUAAAGAGGAGAAGUCGGCCCUGCAGGCGCUGCAGUUGGACCGGAAGACUGUAGAAGGGAGGCCGAUGUUUGUUUCCCCCUGUGUGGAUAAGAGCAAAAAUCCCGAUUUCAAGGUGUUUAGGUACAGCACUGCCCUGGAGAAACACAAGCUGUUUGUAUCAGGCCUGCCUUUUUCCUGCACUAAAGAAGAACUAGAAGAGAUCUGUAAGGCUCAUGGCACCGUGAAGGACAUCAGGCUGGUUACCAACCGGGCAGGCAAACCGAAGGGCCUGGCCUAUGUGGAGUAUGAAAAUGAGUCCCAGGCAUCACAGGCUGUACUGAAGAUGGAUGGCAUGACUAUCAAAGACAAUGUCAUCAAAGUGGCCAUCAGCAAUCCCCCUCAGAGGAAGGUUCCAGAGAAGCCAGAGGCAAGGAAAGCUCCAGGUGGCGCCAUGGUGCCUCGGCAGAUUUACGGAGCGCGGGGGAAGGGGAGAACCCAGCUCUCGCUGCUGCCUCGUGCCCUGCAGCGCCCGAGUGAGACAGCCGUCCAGGCAGAGAACGGCCCUGCCCCACCGCCGGUGGUCACCGCCUCAGCAGCCACCGAGGCACCCAAGAUGUCCAAUGCUGAUUUUGCCAAGUUGCUUCUGAGAAAGUGAACGUGACUCCUUAGAGGGGAAAUGCCUUACUGCACACUGGCCAGGAAGAGCACCCGGCCCCCAGCUAUACUCUGGGUAUGGAAGGGCCCGGGGCAGCACCCCUCCUACGCAUUUUCCUCGGGGUUAGAAAGGGAUGAGGGUGUCCAAGGAAAGAGGCUUGAAGCACUCCCUCAUAUUGAGGGCAAUAGGAGGAAAAUGAUCACUCCAUGGGUUGGGCCCAGUGUGUAGUUUCUUAAGCUAUUUUUGUGUCUUACAGAGUGAGAAACGGAAGUGAAACUCAAACACACCGUUUUGAGACCCACUUGUCCCAAUGUUUUCGGCCAUCUGACUCCCUUUUAUAAGACACUUCUCUUACAGCCUGCACAGCUCAUGUGCCCGUCACUCUUUUAAUUUUAAAAGACAAAAUGGCAGAUGCUAGUAAUUCACCAGAAUGGCCUAUUUUAGUAAAGGGGUGGUGGGGAUAGGGGAAAUCACAUAAAAAACAUUUGAUGGAUUUUUGUUCAAGGGGGGGCUGUGCGUUUUUAUAUUAUGUAUUUGUAAAUGACACAUCAAUCCAUUGUUUUAUGUUUCCUAAAAGCAAAAUAUUUGUGACCUUUGUUUUAUAUGGGAGUUCUGUGUGCCACCUGCUGUGGACCAUUUUCUUUGCCUAGUGAUUAGUGAACCGUGUUCUUUGUCUAAAUAUUGAGUUUCAGCCCUUUGGUUUUGUUUAAAUACCAUGUCAAGUACAAACUUAAAUUCUCCCCACUUAGCUUUGUUUAUUAAACUGAAGUUCUCUUCAAAACUUCUUGCUGAAUGGUAGUCAGAUGUGCAUUCAAACAUGGAUGUAUUUUGAAAAUGGGUGCACUUGUCUUACCUAACAGAUGUGUAAAUAGAACUUUUGUAAGUCAAAUCCUGUUGUCCCUUUGAUUUAAAUCAUUUCAGUUGU